UCGGAGCAUCACCACCACCACCAAAAUGCUGAAACACUCUGUCGCCAUCCUGUCCCUCGCCCUGCUCCUCGGCGUGGCCUGCGUCAGCGCCGGCGGCGGCUAUGGCCGUGGUGGCGGAGUCGUCUCUUCGGAGCAUCACCACCACCACCAAAAUGCUGAAACACUCUGUCGCCAUCCUGUCCCUCGCCCUGCUCCUCGGCGUGGCCUGCGUCAGCGCCGGCGGCGGCUAUGGCCGUGGUGGCGGAGGAGGUGGCUUCGGCCGCGGCGGCGGCGGAUUUGGCGGAGGAAAGGGCGGUUUUGGCGGCGGCGGAUUUGGCGGAGGAAAGGGCGGCUUUGGCGGCGGCGGCUUCGGCGGCGGCGGAUUUGGCGGAGGAAAGGGCGGCUUUGGCGGCGGCGGUUUUGGAGGCGGCAAGGGUGGAUUUGGCGGCGGCGGAUUCGGCGGUGGAAGAAGUUAUGGUGGCGGUGGAUUCGGCGGCGGCGGCAUCGGCGGCGGUGGUUUCGGCGGCGGCAAGGGAGGUUUCGGCGGCGGCCAUGGCGGCGGCGGCUUCGGCGGCGGUGGUUUCGGCGGCGGCAAGGGAGGUUUCGGCGGCGGCCAUGGCGGCGGCGGCUUCGGCGGCGGCGGAUUCGGUGGCGGCGGACAUGGCGGCGGCUACGGCAAAUAAGUCUUCCCUUAUGCCUCUUCGCUGCGACGCCUCAUCGUGUGCACAUACGCAGUCUUGUACGCCUGUGUGCGUUUACGUGUGUGCAUGUACGAACUGAGGAGAGGAACGGAGCAUUCCUGCCCCUCCUCGCCCCUCACACCUCCUCCUCCUCAUCUCAUUUUCUUCACUUCAGCGAACCAGACAAUAAAUUAUACAACAAAACAAAAACAAA